ACACACACACAUAUAUAUUGGUGCUCUGUGCUGGCUGUUGUCUUGGCCAAACCUUCAAGAAAUAGAAAUCUUUACAUGUAAACAAAUCUCUCUGGUUACAAUGUAGAUGGGUGCUUCUGAAUCAGUCCCUCAAAAAUCCAUUCAUGAUUUCUCAGUCAAGGAUAGCAAGGGUAAGGAGGUGGAUCUCAGCACAUACAAAGGGAGGGUUCUUCUUGUUGUCAACGUUGCUUCCAAAUGUGGGUUAGUAGAUUCAAACUAUACCCAAUUGACUGAAGUUUACAACAAAUACAAAGAAAAAGGUAUGGAAUCUUUCAAUCACUCCAUUUUUUUGGGGGCUUUUGCUUUUUGUCUCUAAAAGUAUAUAAUAACUGGAAUAAUC